GGUCGGCGCGGCGCGUGGCGGCCGGGGCCGCGCGGGGGCGGGGCGCCCCGGCGCAUGGAGGCGAUGCCCUGCCAGAACCCGCGGCUCGGGCCAGCGCCGCAGGACGAGCCGCCGGCCGCAGCGGGCGGCGCCUCCCGGCUGAUCCGCUUCGCGGAGCCCGGCCAGGACAGCGGCUGCCCCAGCCCGGACAGCAGCAGUAGCAGCAACGGGGGGGUGGCGGCGGAUGCACCGCCGAUCCCCGCCGGGGAGGGCGGCGCGUCGGCGAUCGGGCCGCAGCUGAAGCUGCUGCCCAUGAACGACCAGCUCCGGGAGCUCCAGACCAUCAUCAGGGACAAGAAAUCCAGUAGAGGAGACUUCGUAUUUUCUGCUGAUCGUCUGAUCAGACUUGUGGUUGAAGAGGGACUGAAUCAACUGCCAUACACAGAAUGUACUGUGACCACUCCAACAGGACACAAGUAUGAAGGAGUCAGAUUUGAAAAGGGAAACUGCGGUGUCAGCAUCAUGAGAAGUGGAGAGGCAAUGGAACAAGGUUUACGAGACUGCUGCCGGUCCAUCCGCAUAGGAAAAAUCCUGAUCCAGAGCGACGAGGAGACGCAAAGAGCGAAAGUCUACUAUGCCAAGUUUCCUCCAGACAUUUACAGGAGAAAAGUUCUUCUUAUGUACCCAAUACUCAGUACUGGUAACACGGUCAUUGAGGCUGUCAAAGUUCUUGUAGAACACGGCGUCCAACCCAGCGUCAUCAUCCUGCUGAGCCUGUUCUCCACACCUCACGGUGCCAAAUCGAUCAUCCAGGAGUUCCCCGAAAUCACCAUUUUAACCACAGAAGUUCAUCCUGUUGCACCAACACACUUUGGACAGAAGUACUUUGGAACAGACUGACACUUGGAACAAACGCAUAUGACUAUUUGACAUUACACGGGGUUUUUUUUUCUACGUUUUAUUACUGUUAAGUUGAUCGAGGGCAUGUUUAAAAAUCUUUUUGGCCAAAGGGUGAAAUACUUGACUUAGAUUAGCUCUGGUUCGUUACUGCCUGACCCCUGAAUCGGGUACAGUAACAAAGCUGUCAGCUCACGGUCAAGCAUCUCAGCAUUGAGGUGGUAUAAAUUGCUACACUCUCUGCUUUAAUUUAUUUAUUCUUCUAUAGCCUGUCUUGUGGCUGCUUGCAAGAGCAAAAUAAAACAACUGAAUCCAAAA